ACCAACUUAGUCCCUGGGGAAUCCAAUGGCUACACACUUGCAGCGCUGGCGUUGAAUGUGGACCUACUCCUGGACGUUUUAUCCCUAUCUGGUUUCGUCACUGAUUGAAAUCAGCUAGGGCCACAUCAUCUUCAUCACGAAUAUAAUAUGUGGCUUUUCCAUCUCAACAAUACUCGCUGUUAGGCCUGUGGAAAUACCUUCAUCUGUCUCCAUGUCUUCGCUCGCGAGAACUCUCCCAGCGUCCUGGUACUGUAGCCCGCCGCUGUAUCAGCUUGAGCGUCGUGCCGUGUUUUUGAAGGCAUGGUAUCUUCUGGGACCCGUGACUCGCUUCCAGAUUGUGGGAGAGAAGGUCGACUAUGAGAUGGCCCAGGUGAAGCUCAUCGUUACUAAGAACUCUGAUGACCCGCGAGAUAUCAAAGUCUAUACAGCGACAGACGGCAAACAAUUGCGAAGCCACUUGACCGUGACGGGCCUCCUGUUUACGACGAUUUCGGACAACGCGCCUGCAUUCCAAGACUUCUUCCCAGACCUGGAGAGCUUGCUGAAGAGGGUAGACUUCACUAAACUGCCCUAUCGCCGCAGCAUCAAGUAUGAGGGCAACUUCAACUGGAAGACGAUGGUCGACGGGUAUCAAGAGUGUCUUCACUGCCAAUACACCCACCCGUCAUUCUCCGUGUACUACCCGCCAACGUUCUACACGGUGUUCAACCACAAGAACUUCUCUCAGCACAUAGCUGAUCCGAAGAAGCCAAACGAUGGUCUCUUCCUCUACUUCUUCCCCAACUGCACCCUGAACGUGUAUGGCGGAGGAAUGUCCUCGUUCAGAGUCUGCCCUACAGACAAACCGGGCGUCACCAGAAUGGAAUUCGACUACUACCACAAGGAAGAUGGCGACAAGUUCGAGGACUACUUCAAAUUCGUUCGACAGGUUGCUAUGGAAGACUACGAGCUCUGCGAGAAGGCUCAGGGGAACCUCGAAAAGGGGGUCUACACAGAGGGCAUCCUCAAUCCAAUCAAGGAAACGGGCGUCGUCUUCUACCAGCAGCGGGUGUUCGAUCUAGUGUGCACUCAGCAUGAGACGGACAAGGGGGCCGGGCCGCAGGCGAAGGCUGCUGCCAGUCUCAACCACGUGGCGCGCUCUAGCCUCGUAGAGCCAGCGAGUUCGUAAGGGUUCGACUGCAGGUGGGUCCUUUUCCAAGGCCAUGCAGACUGGGAUCGGCGGGUGGGUGUCCGUGUCGUGGCGCCGCC